AGGCGCGUGGUGCGCAUGCGCUAUAUAGUUCACGUGGAGACGUUUCCUUUCCUGCAGUGUCGGAUCAAGAACCGGUGUUGCAGCAGCUUCACGUCGACUCUCAAGACUCUCACGACUCUCACACAUCCAGAAAUGGCCUUCAGGAAGUUCCUCCCACUGUUCGACCGGGUGCUGGUGGAGCGCUCCAUCGCGGAGACGGUGACGAAGGGCGGCAUCAUGCUGCCGGAGAAGUCUAAGAACAAAGUGCUGCAGGCCACCGUGGUGGCGGUGGGACCCGGCGCUCUGAAUCCGAAAGGUCACGUCCUGCCCGUCAGCGUGAAGGUGGGCGAGAAGGUUCUGCUCCCGGAGUACGGAGGAACCAAAAUCAGCCUGGAGGACGAGGACUAUUUCCUUUUCCGUGACGGAGAUAUUCUCGGCAAAUACGUCGAAUGAGUUUUCAUAAUCUACUCUUUUUUUGUUUUUGUUGUAUCAUGGCGAGUCCCCCGGAGAGAAGACAUCAAGUGGCUCCUCUCCCAUCUGUUUUUCUUUUCUAUGUUUCCAUUGUAAAUAAUUCUAAUCGCAUUUUGUUACUAUAAUAAAGGUGAACUGCGGAUAA